CACUGUGCGAGAGGGAACGUUUCAUACGUGGCCAAGGUGCCCAAUAUUCGCGUUCGAAUUUCGCCAGCACAUAUAUAAUAGACCACUGGGUAUGACAUUACUUUCGAGUCAGCCAUGUUCCCCGCUGCAUCCUUGUUGACAAUCAUCCCCCUGGCUUUGUCAAUCACGGCAUCGCCCAUUGAGGUUGUCAAUUCCCCCAUCACCCUCCCCAUUGCCAGGAGGUUGAAUGUUUCCAAUGGUACCAUUAACUUCUUGCAGCAGGAUAGAGAUCGCAUCACUGCCCUCAAGGACCGCACCUUGAAGCACAGCGGCCAUAACACUCCUUUGACCAAUGUUGGUAAUAUAUACCUCAUAGCAGUUGGAGUUGGUAGCCCCCCCACAACCUACAACUUGAUUGUCGACACCGGUAGCUCGAACACAUGGAUUGGUGCCAACACUCCGUACGCAGUGACCAAAACCAGCGUCAACACCCGUCAGCCUGUGUCGGUCAGCUACGGUUCUGGCUACUUCGAUGGAAAUGAGUACACUGACACCGUCACUCUCGGUAAGGGGCUCACCAUCCCCCAUCAGUCGAUUGGUGUUGCUGUUGAUUCGUCGGGCUUUUCUGCUGUUGACGGUAUCCUUGGCAUCGGGCCUGUAGACUUGACAGCAGGUACCCUAGAAGAUGAACCGUCAACGAAGAUCCCGACUGUCACUGACAACUUGCAUAAGCAAGGCACCAUUCAUUAUGAGUUAGUUAGUAUCUCUUUUGAGCCCACCACUUCGACGAAAGUCACCAAUGGAGAGCUCACCUUUGGUGGAACUGUCGCUGACAAGCACGUCGGCCCCAUCACGUACACUCCUAUCACUAAGACCAACCCCGCAUCGGGCUAUUGGGGUAUCGACCAGAGCAUUUCCUACGGCUCCACGACGAUCUUGUCCUCCACUGCUGGUAUCGUCGAUACUGGAACCACCUUUAUUCCUAUUGCCACCGAUGCCUUUGACAAGUACAAGUCUGCAACCGGCGGAACUCCGGAUGCAGCGACUGGUCUUCUCCAAAUUUCCUCUGCUCAUUACAAAGCCCUCAAGAACCUGAACUUCCAUAUUGGCAGUGAAACCUACACUCUCACCCCUAACGCCCAACUCUGGCCUCGUGCUCUCAACACCGCCCUUGGUGGCAGUAGCAAGGCCUUGUAUCUCGUCGUUACCAACAUUGGUACGCCAAGUGGCGAAGGGUUUGACUUCGUUAAUGGCUACGCAUUCCUCGAGCGCUUCUACUCUGUGUACGAUACCGCCCACUCCCGCGUCGGUUUGGCCAAAACCUCGUAUACUGAUGCUACCACUAACUGAAAUGGAGCUGCCCAAGUACACAAAAAAUUGGGUUUCAGGCGCAAAGUAGCAUACGGAUUUGAUGGUUGUACGGACUCUUCUUAAGUAGGCUAUGGAGGUUCAUUCCUCGGUUGGGUGUGCAAUAGCAUCACAUCUGCUG